CUCGGCGCACACGCCGCCAUGUGAGCAGCGCCGCGGGGCCCCGGACGCGAACUUACCCGGCGGCGGCGGCGGCGGCGGCCGAGACCCCGUAGUUCAGUCACUGGAGCAAUGAAGUGUAACCAGAGAGCCGAUAGGAGCUGUGGAGCAUGCAACUAAAGAAGUAAACAGGUCAUGGCACGUUUAACAAAAAGACGACAGGCGGAUACAAAAGCUAUCCAACAUCUUUGGGCAGCCAUCGAGAUCAUUCGGAACCAGAAGCAAAUUGCCAACAUAGAUCGUAUUACAAAGUAUAUGUCUCGAGUCCACGGUAUGCAUCCCAAAGAGACCACACGUCAGCUGAGCUUAGCUGUGAAAGAUGGUCUUAUUGUGGAAACUCUAACAGUGGGCUGCAAAGGUUCAAAAGCUGGUAUUGAACAAGAAGGAUAUUGGUUGCCAGGAGAUGAGAUUGACUGGGAAACAGAAAAUCAUGACUGGUAUUGUUUUGAAUGCCAUUUGCCUGGAGAGGUGUUGAUAUGUGACCUGUGUUUUCGUGUGUAUCAUUCCAAGUGUUUGUCUGAUGAGUACAGGCUUAGAGACAGCAGUAGUCACUGGCAGUGCCCAGUUUGCAGGAGCAUCAAGAAGAAAAACACAAAUAAACAGGAGAUGAGUACAUACCUGAGGUUCAUUGUCUCCCGCAUGAAAGAGAGGGCCAUAGACCUUAAUAAAAAGGGAAAGGAUGGCAAACACCCAAUGUACAGAAGGCUGGUGCACUCUGCGGUCGAUGUCCCCACCAUCCAGGAGAAAGUGAAUGAAGGGAAAUACCGAAGCUAUGAGGAGUUCAAAGCUGAUGCUCAGCUGCUUCUGCACAACACAGUGAUUUUCUAUGGAGCGGACAGCGAGCAGGCUGACAUGGCAAGGAUGCUGUACAAGGAUACAUGUCACGAGCUGGAUGAACUACAGCUUUGCAAGAACUGCUUUUAUUUGUCAAAUGCUCGUCCUGACAAUUGGUUCUGCUAUCCUUGUAUACCUAAUCAUGAACUGGUUUGGGCUAAAAUGAAAGGUUUUGGAUUCUGGCCAGCCAAAGUCAUGCAGAAAGAGGACAAUCAGGUCGACGUCCGCUUCUUUGGUCACCACCACCAAAGGGCCUGGAUCCCCUCUGAAAACAUUCAGGACAUCACAGUAAAUGUCCACCGGCUACAUGUGAAGCGCAGCAUGGGUUGGAAAAAAGCCUGUGAUGAACUGGAGCUGCAUCAGCGUUUCCUUCGAGAAGGAAGAUUCUGGAAGUCUAAGAAUGAGGACCGAGGUGAGGAGGAAGCAGAAUCCAGCAUCUCUUCUACCAGUAAUGAGCAGCUAAAGGUCACUCAAGAACCAAGAGCAAAGAAAGGACGACGGAAUCAAAGUGUGGAACCCAAAAAAGAAGUAAGUCGCCUGCCUUGCAGUGUCCAGGUGGCAAUUAAAGGAAAUUUUUUCCAAAUCAAGGAGCCAGAGCCUGAAACUGAAGCAGUGAGUUCUAGCCAGGAAAUUCCCACAAUGCCUCAGCCAAUCGAAAAAGUCUCAGUGUCAACUCAGACCAAGAAGUUAAGUGCCUCUUCACCCAGAAUGCUGCAUCGAAGCACCCAAACCACCAGUGAUGGAGUAUGUCAAAGCAUGUGCCACGACAAAUACACCAAAAUCUUCAAUGACUUUAAAGACAGAAUGAAGUCUGAUCAUAAGCGAGAAACUGAGAGAGUCGUACGAGAAGCUCUGGAAAAGCUGCGUUCUGAAAUGGAAGAAGAAAAAAGACAAGCUGUAAAUAAAGCUGUAGCCAAUAUGCAGGGAGAGAUCGACAGAAAGUGUAAGCAAGUAAAGGAAAAGUGUAAAGAAGAGUUUGUAGAAGAGAUCAAGAAACUAGCGACACAGCACAAACAGCUGAUUUCUCAGACCAAGAAGAAGCAGUGGUGCUACAACUGUGAGGAGGAGGCCAUGUACCACUGUUGCUGGAACACAUCAUACUGUUCCAUCAAGUGUCAGCAGGAGCACUGGCACGCUGAACACAAGCGUACCUGCCGCCGGAAAAGAUGAGCCAAGGCUGGUUCUUCCUGGAGCGUUUCCAUGAGGACUCUUCCCAGACACAGCGGUUUUUGUUUCCAAGAAGCCAAAAUUGUUUAGAAUUUGCUUCCCAUUUUGCACCAGCCUUUAAACACUUUUCGUGAAGAAAUUUUGCACAGUAGUUUAAAUCUUUUGUUAGUGCUCCUCCAGAGUUUUUUGGAGGGUAUAAGUAACAUCAGUGGAGGGUAUUAUUUUAAAUAAAUUUUAAUUGAGAAUUUGUUGCAUUUUCAGCAAAUUUUAAAAUGUUUUUAGGUUUUACAGAGAUUUUAACCUUUGAACAACAGAUCUUUAAAAAAAAAACAGCAGGUGAAUACAAGUGAGUUUAAAGAGACACAUUCAAAGUAAUCUAUAUGCAAGAUCUGUGUCAGAAAGAAAACAUACUACCUGGACGUGAACUUUAUAACUGAACCUGGUUGAGCUGGUUUUGUUCAGCUUCCUUCACUGUUUAAAGGCAUUAUCUGUUGGUUAUGCCAGUGGGUACAUGAUUGAAUUUAGGGAACAGGGUUGACACAGCAGGUGCUAGUCCUGCAUAUUUUUUCUUAAAUAUUUCCCAAUUGUGUUUUUCAUUAUUUCUUUUCGAUAUAUAACUUUUAUAACAAAUUAUUAGCUUUGAUCUUGUAGUUUAAAAUUGCAGGGAAACUGGGGUAAUCUUUUACUGAGCUGGAUCUUAGAGAAAAAUGAAUAUUUAAAAUUUAAAGUUUGCACAUUUCAUCUUUGUCCUAACAUGAGUGCUUGUAACAAAAACAAGAAAUUUAAAAAGCCAAAAACUACCUUUAUCCAUACCUGAAAUUAUAGAUGAGGCAUACAAAUUCUUCUGAGCUUCCCUCCCUCCCAAGUAUCAUCUAAUUGCCUAUUAUAUGGUGUCAUCUCUUAGACUGUAAGGUAAAACUAAAAGGAAAGAAAGCACUUACAUUUCACAGGAGCCGUUAUGUUUGUAGUAAUGGGCCGUUGCCUACAAAAGAACUCCAUCACUGUACACAGAAUGAAGAAUAAUGCAUGUCAAUUUUUCUUGUAUUAAAGAUGCCGUGAUUUGUAAAAAGUCUGUAUUUUGCGGAAUGUCUGGAUUAAGAAGCAUUACCAAUAGGAAUGGAUCGAUAGUUGGUUUGUGUUUUUUUUAAAUAUAGAUAUAUAAAAUAGCCAGGAAGAGUUAACCCUUUUUUUAAAAAAAUUCAGAUUUUUGUUGUUUUUUUUUAAAGACUGAUCUUAGACCAAGUCCAAUUUAUCAAUUAUAUUUUAAGGUUAGAGAAAUAAUUUGUAAAUAUUUAUUUAGACCUCUGAUAUUUAUUAAAGCAGUCACACACAGUGGAAGUGAAAUAUCAGGAGAAAAGCCUUUAAAAAGUUUUCUCCGGGUUUUUCAGGGUCACUCUAAAGGGGAAAACAGAAUCAUCUUCUGAGAAAUGGUCCUUCAUCCAAUCCUGAUGCUGUUGCAAGUGGCGGUGACAGCGAGUACCACCCCUGAAGUGUGCAGUGAGGGGUACUUGGGCCAGGGUCCUUCCUUGUUUCAUGAUCAGUUGGUGUUAGCACAGUCUGAUCUAACUGUGGUCUGAUGAAGACAUUGUAACCGGGAAUUCUUACCUUCAGUUGUUUUAAGUUUUAAAACUUCGAUCCAGCCCUAUGAAAGCAAGUUAUUGUGGAAAUAUUUUUGGUGUAAAAUCAUUCCAGAGUAUGUACUAUUUAACUGAUAGCUGCAUGAAAGUAAGAUUCGUGUUACUUUGGCUUUUUUGUCUCCGUUGACACGGUUGCACAUUUCCAAGUUACUACAGCGUGAAAUCUGUGUUAAAAAAAUUUUUAAAAGAUUGUGGCCUGGUUUUGUAAAAGUUUUAGGUAAAAUUACAAUUGAUUGUUUUAGGAAUCAUUAUUAAAAAUUUUUCUGCAAAUCAUAAAGCUAUAUUGAGGUGUUGAGCUUAGCCACUAUGCACAUUGUAAUUAUUCAUUGUGGCUGUCCAGUUUUAUGAUGCAUUCUGGCAUUUUGUAAGCUGCUCUGACUAGCAAUAUAUAGAUUCAUUACUGUGUUAACAUUGGUUAAAAUAAAUGUAUUUAAAAAAAAUGCUGGUUUAAAUAAAGUGUUGGUUUAAUCCA